UUUUGCUCUCUCCGACGCGGGAAAGUUCUUGCUAGCUAGCUGUGACAUGCGAGUAAAGUUUGUUUGCUGAUGCAGUUCAUGUUUUUUUUUAACGGAUAACUAUGGACCCUUCAGAGGUCGAGUUCCUCGCUGAGAAAGAGUUGGUGAAAAUAAUACCCAAUUUCAACCUAGACAAGUUAUAUUUGAUCGGGGGGGACCUGGGACCUUUUAAUCCCGGCCUGCCACUGGAUGUCCCCUUGUGGUUGGCCCUCAAUCUCAAACAGAGACAGAAAUGUAGAGUCGUUCCACCAGACUGGAUGGAUGUUGAGAAACUUGAGGAGAUGCGAGAGCUUGAAAGGAGAGAGGCCGCCUUCACGCCCGUCCCCAGUCCUUACUACAUGGAACUGACCAAACUGCUGCUCAACCAUGCAUCUGACAACAUCCCCAAAGCAGACGAAAUCCGCACCCUCGUCAAAGACAUCUGGGACACGCGAAUAGCUAAACUCCGCCUUUCUGCAGACAGCUUCAUCAGUCAGCAGGAAGCGCAUGCUAAGCUGGACAACCUCACCCUGAUGGAGAUUAACACCAUUCGAGGGUUUCUCCUCCAUUCGCUCAACUGCAUGUACAAGCUGCGCUCCAAUCUGCAGCCGGGAUCCAGUAAAGGACAAUUUGCAGAUUAUUGAAGAAACAUAUCUCGAUUCUUCAAUCAAUAAUGAAUUAAGUAACGUUUGGACUGUAGUGUUGGAAUUCUUUUUACCCAAAUCUUCAGACUUCCAAUGACGAUGUCCUUUUCACAUGCAUCAGUUGGCUCAUUUUAUAAGCUUUACGUAAACUGUAUGGAGAAAUGUGUGCUAAAAUGUAAUAAAGUUAUUUCC